AUUAUAAAAGAAUACCAAAUACAAUUUUAUAAAUCUAGAUAAAAUUGACAAAUGUCUAGAAAAGUAAAUAAUAUAAGAAUAAGCUUAAGAAAUAGAGACACAUAUAGAGAACAAACUUAUGGAUACCAAGGGGGUGGGAUGAAUUGGGAGAUUAAGAUUGACAUAUAUACAGUACUAUGUAUAAAAUAGGUAACUAAUGAGAACCUACUGUAUAGCACAGGGAAACUACUCAGUGCUCUGUGGUGACCUAAAUGGGAAGGAAAUCUGACAAAGAGAGGGUAUAUGUAUACAUAUAACUGAUUCAUUUUGCUGUACAGCAGAAACUAACACAACAUUGCAAAGCAACUGUACUCCAAUAAAAAUUAAUUUAAAAAAAGAAUAAGCUUAAUAAGAAAUAUGCAUAAAACUAUGUAAAAAAUUAUAAAGCUAAUAAAAAACAUAAAAGAAGAUUUUAAUUACUAGAGAGACAUACCAUGUUGCUAGAUGGAAAUAGUUAAUAUUGAGAAGAUGUUCAUUCUUAUUAAAUUAAUCUAUCAAUUCAGUGAAUUCCAAAUCAAAAUAAAGACAAAUUUUUAUGAACAAGCUGAAUCUAAAUUGCAUAUGGAAGAGAAAAUGUACAAGAAUAACCAGAUUUUUUAAAAACUAGAAACAAGAGAAGAUAGAUCCAUUGGAAUUACAAUAAUGAUAAAGACAGCAAUCCAAAUAGCAGCAAAAGAAUAUAAAUAAAUACAUUUGGGAAAAAUCAUUCAUUUAGGCCUGCUACUUUACAUUUUAUGCAAAAUUAAAUUCUAAAUAGAUUAAACAGCUAAGCAACAAGAAAAACUAUAAAAGUAUUAGAAGAAAGUAUGGAAGAAUGUUUUUGUGAUCUUGGGCUGAAGAAAGCUGUACUUUGCAAGAUGCAGAAAGGAAAACUUGACAGAUUUUAAAACAUGAAAAUCUAAAUUAAUCUUUGUUUCUAAAUAAAUAUUUUAUACAAAAAUGAAGUGUGGUUGAGGCUGAAAGACAAAUAAUAAAGUAGAUAAAAUAUUUGCCAUACAUAUGAUAGAGAAAAGGGUAAUAGUCACAAAACAUAAAGAGGCCUUGAAAGUCAAUUGAAAAAAAAAAGAUUAGUUUUUAAAAACAUGGGAAAAGAGCUUUCCAACCCAAGCCUGGCAGAAUGGCUCCUGCAAAGAAGGGUGGCGAGAAGAAGGGCCAGUCCGCCAUCAACGAGGUGGUGACCAGAGAAUACACUAUCAUCAUUCACCAGCGCAUCCAUGGAGUGGGUUUCAAGAAGCAUGCCCCUCGGGCACUCAAAGAAAUCUGGAAAUUUGCCGUGAAGGAGGUGGGAACUCCAGAUGUACACAUUGACACUGAGCUCAACAAAGCUGUCUGGGCCAAAGGAAUAAGGAAUAUCCCAUACCAUGUCCAUGUGCGGUUGUCCAGAAAACAUAAUGAAGAUGAAGAUUCACCAAACAAGCUCUAUACAUUGGUUUCCUAUGUACUUGUCACCACUUUCAAAAAUCUACAGACAGUUAAUGUGGAUGAGAACUAAUAGUUGAUUGUCAAAGUUUUCGAACCACCAAAAAAAAAAAAUGGGAAAAGAACAUGAACAGGCAAUUCAUAAAAGAAAUACAAAUAGCCAGUCUAUACAUGAAAACAUGCUCAAUCUUACUAGUAUUAAAAUUAAAACAAUGUAUUUUUUAACGUAUCAGAUAAACAAAGAUUAAAAAGAUUAUUAACACCAUUGUUGUUAAAGAUGUGGGGAAACAAUCACUUUCUAUACUGAUGGUAGACAUAGUGGCACAACUUUUUUAGUGUGCAGUUUGGCAGUCUAUAAAGUUUUUAGUAAGUGUUCCCUUUGUUCUAACAGUUCUACUUGUAAGAAUUUAUCCUAAGGAAAUAAUAGAAAAAUUGCAUCACAGUGUUGUUUAUAAUACAACAGUCUAAAUAUCUGUUAUGGAAUCAUUUUUAGCUUUUGCAAAGAAUUAGUUAGAAAAAGUGGAUCACAAAAGAGUAUGUGUAGUAUGAUCCCCUUCACAUAAAGUUGGAUAAUUGUUAGCCUUCUAAAUAUUUUUUAUGCCUACACACAUGUAAACCAAAGCUCAUUGGAUGAGAUAAUGUAUAAAAUGUUCAGCACAGUACUCAGCACAUAACA